AUGCAAAAGUUUUGUAUCGUUUUAUUCAUCUUGAACGUUUUAAUCUGUGACGGAUUGAAGUGGAGCAACAUAAGAUGUUCGACCGACACCAAUCAGAACCAGGACGAGGGAAUUGUAUCUGAUAUUUCGCGGUUUCCUUGGCUCGGGGUCGUUCAGCAUACGUUUUAUAUUGGUGGCACAAACAGAUUCGCUAUAACUACGGGAAUUCUUAUCCAUCCAGGAUAUGUAAUUGCUCCCGCCGAAGACAUAGCCAGAAUUCAGCCGGGUUCCCUGAUCAACAACACCCAGUUUAUUAUAUGGCAAAGUGCAACCAACAAAUAUGUCUCACCCGUAACGGACUUUUUUUUACACCCCGAGUAUGAGAAGACGACGUAUGCUACGUUGGCGGUGCUCCAGAUAUUUACUAGGGGGGAGACAGGGCCAGCGCCGGUGUUGCCUAUCUGUAUGCCUACUUCCGGUGGCGGGUCGUUUGAGGACUUUUUUGUUAUCAAAAUGACAGACGCAAAGGCGGACUUGGCAAAGGAGUUUAUAAAAAUGAAAUUCAUGGAUAAUCAAGAUUGCGAAGAAUUUUAUUUCAAAGCUCAGUUAAAUUACAAGAAGAUGGCGCCAGAGAGACCGAUAUGUGCGACAGCGGAAUCCAAAACGGAAUCUUGUUUAUGGGAUGCUGGAGCCGCUCUUGUCACCAGGCAAUCGUGGGGCUUUUGGAAACUUAUUGGUUUCGGCGUGAGGGGCCCUGGUUGUGGAGCGCCAUCUCGAUUCUUGAACAUCAACCACUACAUGAUGUGGAUUGAUGACGUCAUAUCGCAGAGUCCUAACAGGCAGAGGUUUGAUGACGAAGCCAUUAUCUUCAGACGCGUCAAUCCUUACAAACUCGUUAUGUACAAAGGAAAGGUUCGUCUGCCGAAGUCGUUUGGACAAUGUGACAGGAAGCUGAGGGGACGUGUUAUUUUCAAAGAUAACACGGAAAUUCUCGUGAACAAGAACUUCGCACAGGGGUUCUUUUUUUGUAAGUGUCUAAUAGAGGGGAGUGGGGGGAACCAUGGACAGCGGAUGUCAGUGGCCCAAGCUAUGUCGGUACACUGCGCGACUGUCAUCCUCGACACGAGUUCCCGAACCAACGCGGCCAUCUGGCUUGAACACCACUGUUCCCAAGAAUUGCGAGGAGAGAGGACUGGCUUCGAGUUUAGGCAACUCGACCCAGAUGAAUGCUUCGUGUACUUCACUAGCGUCGCAUACAUCGAAUUUCGGUUCUACUUCUCGUUCAAGGCAAUAUUGGAGGUCACUCUGUACGGCACAGAAGAGAAGCAGAAGAUCAGACCGCACCCUUGGGGCAUGACGGAAUCGACAUACCCCUGGUGGCCGACUGCGGGGAAAUUCCGAUAUUACAACUUUGUACCCAAAGCGGUUUGGAUGUACGACAUAUAA